CAGACAGGUUCAGAUCUAACCAGGGGCCGAUUUUUUGCUGUUUUAGCAUAUUUUAAGGUUUUUGCACAAUAUAUUUGCAUGGGGGGAAAAGAUUCUUUAUAAACAAAUACCAACAAGCAAUAUAAAUAUUCUAUUUUAGAGAAACAUGUAUAGUAAUUAAUAAGAAAGUGCACAUCAAAUUUUCUAAAACAGAUGACUGGCAGCUUUUCCUCCAAAUACCUGGUGGACAGCUGUAAAUACACGAGGAUAACACCCAUGCAGUCGACUAAAAGCUUAAUGUUUUUUAUUUAGAUAAAUGGUAAAAAGUAAAGUAAAAGUUUGCCAUGUGGUCAAUUUAAGAUUUACAUUUUACCAAUGCAUGUUGUUGUUACAUGUGAACUGAUUUUUUAACCUUGAAACACUGAAAGGAGGUGCAUAUAAAACCCUUAGCCAACACACACUUUGUCCCUGAAAGGGACGGAGUGAGAGCGAGAUAGAAAGAGUGAGUGUUUCUGGAAGAUUCUGGUGUGUGGGUGGGCGGGAAAGAGGACUCUAGAGACGGGCGAAAAGCUUCAUGCUUGCGUUUUAUUUAAUGCCAGUUCCUGAAAGCUCAGAGAAAUAUACGUAAGUAUCCUGUCAUUAAUACGGCAAAGGUGAGAAUCAGCAAACAUUACCUGAAGAUUCUCCCCUGCCUCCUCUCUGUUCUCGACAUUCCACCACUCCCUUGCUGUCACAGUGAGAGAUACAUAAAAAGGGAAUUGUAGGUUGUUUGGGUGUAAGUAUUGGCAUGGGUAUGUGUGUGAUGGCGGUGAGGUGUCCAACUUGGAGCAAUUCUCUGGCUCGAUCUCUAGUCAUGUUGGAAGGACCAGGUCAGGUACGAGCCUGCCACAGUGGGAGUAUGCCUGUUGCAAAAGACACACUAUUUCCAGCAAGCAGCUCCACCGUAAGACCCUUCAGUGAGAUUCCUGGAUUGUGGAAGAACAGCAUAGGGAACCUCUACAACUUUUGGAAACUUGAUGGAUUCAAAAAUAUCCAUCACAUAAUGGUACAUAACUUCAACACAUUUGGGCCCAUUUACAGGGAGAAAAUUGGUUACUAUGAAAGUGUGAAUAUUAUCCACCCUGAGGAUGCUGCUAUCUUAUUCAAAGCAGAGGGUCACUACCCUAAAAGGCUUAGAGUGGAACCUUGGACAUCCUACCGGGAUUUUAGGAACCGCAAAUAUGGUGUUCUUCUGAAAGAUGGAGAAGACUGGCGAUCCAACAGAGUCAUUCUGAACCGGGAGGUAAUCUCACCGAAGGUGCAGGGGAACUUUGUGCCAAUGCUGGAUGAGGUGGGCCAUGACUUUGUGGCUCGAGUUCACAAAAAGAUUGAAAGAAGUGGACAAAAUAAAUGGACCACGGAUCUGUCACAUGAACUUUUCAAGUACGCACUGGAAUCUGUGAGUGCAGUAUUAUAUGGUGAACGUCUGGGGCUGCUGUUGGACUACAUUGAUCCAGAGGUUCAGCACUUUAUUGACUGCAUCACUCUCAUGUUUAAGACCACCUGUCCCAUGCUUUACAUCCCCCCUUCAAUGUUACGACGGUUUGGAUCCAAGGUCUGGAAAGACCAUGUGGAAGCGUGGGAUGGUAUUUUCAACCAGGCGGACCAAUGUAUACAGAACAUCUACAGGCAGCUGAGGAAGGAAUCUGGAGCUCAAAACAAAUAUCCUGGGGUGCUGGCCAGCCUUCUCAUGCUUGACCGACUGUCCAUUGAGGAAAUCAAGGCCAGUGUGACUGAGCUCAUGGCUGGAGGGGUGGACACGACAUCUAUCACCCUCCUCUGGACUCUCUAUGAACUGGCACGGCACCCUGACCUCCAGGAAGAGCUAAGGGCGGAGGUCAUUGCAGCUCGUGCUGCCUCACAGGGAGACACACUGCAAAUGCUCAAAAUGGUGCCACUGCUCAAAGGUGCUUUAAAAGAGACACUCAGGUUACACCCUGUAGCAGUAAGCCUGCAAAGAUACAUCACUCAGGAUGUUGUGAUCCAAAAUUACCAUAUUCCAUCUGGGACAUUAGUGCAGCUGGGACUGUAUGCCAUGGGUAGGAACUAUCGCAUCUUUCCCCGACCAGAGCAAUAUCUGCCUUCUCGCUGGCUAAGAAAUGAAAGCCACUACUUCAGGAGUUUGGGUUUUGGCUUUGGGCCACGUCAAUGCCUUGGGCGCAGGAUCGCAGAGACAGAGAUGCAGCUCUUCCUCAUCCAUAUGUUGGAGAACUUCAGGAUUGAGAAGCAAAGACAGCUAGAAGUGAGGAGCACGUUUGAGCUUAUACUGGUCCCUGAGAAACCCAUCCUGUUAACUAUAAAGCCUCUACACAGCAGUAAAUAACAAACUCCUUCUAGAAGUGGCUGAUGAUGCAAAGUUGAUGUACGAGCAAAUCCAUGACUGUAUUCACUGAGUCUCGUCAACAUGUCCUGUUUUUCUUUCCCCCAUUUCCUGGCAUUCUCCUCCAGCUACGACAAAACACUGACUCAGCUCUCAGAAGAUGUAUUUCAACAUUUGUGUUCUCUAUAAAUAGGCUACUGGAACUAGACACAAACCUGUUUACUCAAAGUACGGAUGCAGGCCUCCGCUCUCUCUAGCUGAUCCAACAGUCUUAGCUUCUCAUUGUCUGGAAAAUGCUGCUGGAUUUAAAUAGAAGAACAUUGAUUAACAAAUAAUGGCGUUCUCUAAUUUAAUUAUAUAAGCAAAUUGUACUUGGCAUCUGUUGGACACUGUAAUUAUAAAAAAUGUUUUAUUGAGAAUUCAAUUAUUUUUAAUUUAUGGAUUUGUCUAACUUUGUGUGUAAUGAGAAUUCUGACACUGUAUUCAUUGUAAUCUUUCUGUAACCUAAUUUUAAAGGAGUGUAAUCAAAGGUUAUGAACUGACCAUACUGUUAUGUCAACCAAAUCUUUGGCAUUAGCACUAACUAUCUGAAUGUACAAUUUUUGAAGAUUUUUGAACAAUGUUCAAUGACUUCAGCGUG